AUGCUCGAGGCGGUCUAUACACUCGUCUUUUCGUACGCACUCGGCUUCUACUACGGCUGGGACAUCUGCCUCGUCGUCUUUGCCGUCUCGCCCAUCGCCGGACUCUCGGGCGCCAUCGCCAUCUUCAUCGCGCUCACCGCGGGCCAAAAGAUGUCGGACGCGUACGCCGCCGCCGGUGCGAUCGCCUCCGAGGCGCUCUCGUCGAUCCGCACCGUCGCCGCCUUUGGGCUCGAGCGGGUGGCGGCGGAGAGGUACGAGCGCAAGCUCAAAAAGGCGGAGAAGAUCGGCAUCGCGCUCGUCUGGCAGGCUGGGUUCGCGAUGUCGUGGAUGAUCGCCGCCAUCUGCAUCAUGAUGGUGUCGGGGCUCCUGUACGGCGGCCUCGACGUCUCCUCCGAGCAGCAGGCAUCCGCCUUCGAGUACGCCGUCGACAUGACUUGGGGCCAGAUCUUCGACUCGAUGGGCAUCACCUCGCCCAAUCUCGCCUCAUCGCGCCUCAUCGCGGGUCCUCUCUUGAUGAAGGCGUGCCGCGUCGCUGCGCCCGUCCACGAGACCAUCGAGCGCGUGCCGCAGAUCAACUCGUUCGCGACGGGCGGCGUCAAGCUGCAGGCUGUGCGCGGUGACAUCUCGGUGCGCGACGUGGUCUUCGCGUACCCCGCCGCGCCCGAACACGUCGUCUGCAACGGCUACUCGCUCGAGAUUGGCGCGGGGCAGACGUGCGCGCUUUGCGGCCCGUCCGGCAGCGGCAAGUCGACCAUCAUCAACCUAAUCGAGCGCUUCUACGACCCCAUCUCGGGAGCCGUCUUUUUGGACGGCGUCGACCUGCGAGACGUCAACGUGCGCUGGCUGCGGCAGCAGAUCGGCCUCGUGGGGCAGGAGCCGGUCCUCUUUGUGGGAACCGUCGCCGAGAACAUCGCGUACGGCAAGGAGGGCGCGAGCCGCGAGGAGGUGGAGGAGGCGGCGCGCAACGCGAACGCGCACGGCUUCAUCAUGAGCAACCUGCCGAAUGGGUACGAGUCAUCGGUGGGGCAGGGCGGCGGCAUGCUGUCCGGCGGGCAGAAGCAGCGCAUCGCGAUAGCGCGCGCCGUCGUGCGCAAGCCGGCCAUCCUGCUGCUCGACGAGGCGACGUCGGCGCUCGACACGACGAGCGAGCGGGUGGUGCAGGCGGCGAUCGACGAGAUCAUGCAGAAGCAGCGGCGGACGACAGUCACGAUCGCCCACCGGCUGAGCACCAUCCGGCACGCCGACAAGAUCGCAGUCGUCGACCAGGGUGUGGUGGUCGAGCAAGGCACGUGGGACGAGCUCGUCGCCAUCGACGGAGGCAAGUUCCAGGAGCUCGCCAACAGGCAGCCCGCCCCCGCGCCGGACGAGGCCGCCGUGCCCGCCGACGCCGACGACGACGUGCUGAUCACGGCCUACCCUUCUCUCGUCUCGUCCACGAGCCGCACCACGGCCGGCGCCGGCGACACGGCGCUGCUGCCGCACUCGCCCCUCCCGCCCGGACAGCACUUCCAGUGGAGCGGCAAGGCGGGCGCGCCGGAGCUGUCGGUGGGCAAGCACGACGAGAAAGAGUGGGUCUUCUGGCGCGUCUCGCGGCUGCAGAAGCGGGGCGACGGCCUCCUCCUCGCCAUCGGCGCCCGCCCCCUCGGCGGCUCCUUCUUCUCGAUGCUCGACGGCUGGGCGGUUCCCGCGCUCGGCUUCGCCUUCACGAAGCUCUCCGUCUCCCUCUUCCGGACCGACCCAGGCCGCAUCCACGACGACGUCAUCUUUUGGGCCCGCUCGUACGCCAUCGCGUACGUCGCCAUCGGUUUCGCCUUCGUUCCCGUCGUCACUUGCGAGCUCGGCCUCUUUGGCAUGACCGGCGAGCACCUCACGCGCAACUUGCGCGCCGUGAGCAUCCGCUCGCUCGAGAUCGGUUUCUUCGACGACCCGGAGAACUCUGCCGGCGCACUCACCCUCUUCCUCGGCGAGAAGCUGACGCUGGUGCAGGCGGUCAACGGCGAGAAGCUCGCCGUCGCCAUCCGCCAGAUCUCGACCAUCUGCUUCGGCACGUUCCUCGUCUUCAAGUACGGCUACUGGCAGCUCGGCGUCGUGAUGCUCGCGUCGGCGCCCGUUAUGGCCGUGGCGAUGGGUCUGCUGCUCGUCGUCGUCUUCGGGAUCAAGAAUCCGCGCCCGACGGGCGAGGGGCCGCAGGCGCAGAAGAAUGUCGGCUCGCUCGUGGGCGAGGUGGUGCUCGGCAUCCGGACCGUCGCAUCGUACGGCGCAGAGCGGCGCUUCUACGAGGAGUACGAGCGGACCUGCGACACGCAGUUGCGGCAGGCGACGCGCGCCUCGGCGCUGACCGGCUGCGCCGUCGGCAUCGGCAAGGGCGCGCCCGUCAUCUUCAUCGGCGCCGUCUGCUACUAUGGCUGCAUCCUGAUCACGGCGGACAAGUUCCUCAUCCCCGUAAUGGUCAUCUUCUUCAUGUCGAUCGGCAUGGGCGCCGUCGGAGUCAUCGUGACGGACUCGCAGAACGCGCUCUCCGCCGCGCGCCUCCUGUUUGCCCUCCUCUCGCGCCGCUCGCGCAUCGACCCCACCGACAACAAGGGCACGCGCUUGCGCGGGCUGCGCGGCGACAUAUCGGUGCAGAAUGUCAUCUUUGCGUACCCCGCCGCGCCCGACCACAUCAUCUGCAACGGCUACUCCCUCGAGAUUGGCGCGGGGCAGACGUGCGCGCUUUGCGGCCCGUCCGGCAGCGGCAAGUCGACCAUCAUCAACCUAAUCGAGCGCUUCUACGACCCCAUCUCGGGAGCCGUCUUCCUGGACGGCGUCGACCUGCGAAAUAUUAACGUGCGCUGGCUGCGCUCGCAGAUCGCGCUGGUGGGGCAGGAGCCGGUCCUCUUCCUUGGCACCGUCGCCGAGAACAUCGCGUACGGCAAGGAGGGCGCGAGCCGCGAGGAGGUGGAGGAGGCGGCGCGCAACGCGAACGCGCACGGCUUCAUCAUGAGCAACCUGCCGCACGGAUACAACACCAACGUGGGCAUCCGGGGCGGCAUGCUGUCCGGCGGGCAGAAGCAGCGCAUCGCGAUAGCGCGCGCCGUCGUGCGCAAGCCGGCCAUCCUGCUGCUCGACGAGGCGACGUCGGCGCUCGACACGACGAGCGAGCGGGUGGUGCAGGCGGCGAUCGACGAGAUCAUGCAGAAGCAGCGGCGGACGACGGUCACGAUCGCCCACCGGCUGAGCACCAUCCGGCACGCCGACAAGAUCGCAGUCGUCGACCGCGGCGUCGUCGUGGAGCAGGGACGGCACGAGGAGCUCAUGUCGCUGAACGGCGUCUAUGCCGGCUUGAUAGCUGCACAAAACACAUGA